AUGGCAAAGCGGGAUAUUUACGCAAAGAGCGACCUGAAAGUGACGGUUCUGGAGGAGCCGCAAACUCCAUCAUCGUGUACUACCCUGCAGUCCCCAUUAUCUUGCACCACCCUUGGCUCCAGUGACCCCACCAAAUACUGGAAUGAUCACUUUGCACAGCACCCAGCCAAAGUCACCACACAGGUUUUGGACUAUAGCGCGCGCCACUGGGGCAGUGCCAAAAAGAUCCUCGCUUCUCUCGUUGCUAUUGCGUCGUUUUUUGUCAUUACCCUGGCGACUUCAAUCUACAUUGGGGGCAUUUCAGAGAUUAGAGUCGAGUUCCACGUUGGAUCUACACUGGCGAUCUCACCGGUUACCCUGUACGCUAUUGGGUUUACAAUUGGUCCUCUUCUUUCAUCAGCACUAUCAGAGGAAUUUGGAAGGCAGUGGGCAUUGAAAGGCUCUCUGCUCCUACACCUCGUCUUCACCAUCGUUGGUGCUACGGCGUCAAACUUUCGAACAAUGGCGGUCUCUCGUGCCCUUUGUGGAAUUCUGGGCUCUCCGCUAGUGACAAUCCUUGUGGGGGUUCUGAAUGAUAUAUGGAAACUGCCUGAAGACCGCCUGGCCGUACCGAUCUUCUUCCUGUAUGGACUUGGAGGUAUUGCGGCACCAACCGUGGGGCCCAUCAUCGGAGAGUCCAUUGUGGGCUUUGGUGGAUGGCGAUGGACCUUCUGGCUGAUAACCGCACUAGACGCUGUCUGCUUCCUCGCGGCACUUACAAUAGGCGAAACCUACGAGCCAGAAGUGCGGAGGAAGGCGCUCGGUCUCCCUCGAUGUAAAUGGCGGAAGGUCCUGGGCCCCGCUUUGCGACGCCCAUUUCAUAUGCUGUGGGUGGAACCUAUCAUUUUCCCCACGACCUCCAUCACAGUGGCAGGUCAAGUCGUGCUUUUCGUCCUAUACGCAGCGUUUCCGAUCAUGUUGAAAGAGGUUUACGGAUUUUCUUCCUAUCAGACCGGGUUAGCCUUCUUACCCCAACUAGUAGCCGGCGUUCUGGCUUUCCUUCUUUUGGCUUUCAUCGAGGAGAGAAGACGAGCCACAGUGGAAGACGAGCCAGAGUUCAUUCUUGUUGGGGGUAAGCUGGCUGGUACUGCGAUGUGGACUUCUCUUAUAAUACUUGCCUGGCUGCCACGUCACGAUGUUCAUUGCGCCUGGGCUCUUCUAGCAUCCGCAGUUUUCGGUUUCGGGUUUGCAUUGUCACAGCUAGUUUAUGCUCGCUACAAAAAUGAGGUCUAUGGUGCCGAGCUUGGAGCUUCUGUUCUCGCCAUUGACGUGGCUAUGCGAUAUGGGGUGUCCUCUGUAUUUCCGUUGUUUACCAUUCAGUUCGUGGAACGUGUCGGGUUUCACUGGGUAAUGUCUGUAUUCGCAGCUAUCCAUCUCAGUCUAUGGACUGUUCCGUGGGCUCUGCAAAAGCACGGUGCUGCGCUCCGGCAGAAAAGCCGCUACGUAAAUUGUCGCUCACAUACGUCUGAAGACGUUAUAGACGGCAAGCUGGCGGCAUGA